AUGGUCAAAAUAAGACAUGCUAACAAAUACCUAGUACCUACCAAUAACAACAACAACCCAACCCACCAAUAGGACCCAAGUCGAAGCUUUCGAAGCUAUAAGCCCAGACCCUGCCAUAUCCACCCUGGUAGAUGGAUGCUUCUUUCUUUCCCUAUAGCGGUAGCAGGAGACCGGCCGAAUACGUCAUUCUGUUUUUUUUUCUACCUCUGUUCUGGAAGAGAGCGGGGCCCUUUUUCCACCGGCCGGAUUCACCGGAAACGGUCCAGGUGGAUUCGAGUAGAUCUGGGCCUGGUUGCUUGGCGGAUGGAUGGGUAGUUACGUGGCGGGCUCGCUUAUCUCGGUUGGAGGUGUGUUUUUUAUUGUAGGAUGGAGGGUUGGAUUGGUGAGUAGUUAGUUAUAGGGGAGGGAUGUUCUCAUCCCAUCCCAUCCCAUUCCUGCUGUGAGG